UUUUUUUUAAAUUCCUGUUUCUUUUCUUUUUUCUCUUUCUAUUAUUAUUAUUGUUUCUUUUCUCAUUCACGUAUACAACUUGUUCUUCUUCUAUUACACUAAUAAAAUAUAUACCAAAAGUUCCUUAUUAUUAAUAUACUAGUUACAAUUUUAUUAUUAUUAACUUAAAUGUCUCAGUCUAUACCAAGUCAUUUUUUAGUUAACAAUAAUAAUAGUUGUAGUAAUGAAGAUCAAAAAAGAAAUGACAUCUCAUUUAGUCAACAACAUCAACUAGACCCACUUGGUAACUUGGGUCAACAACGAGCAAUAAUAGAUCAAAAAGAUAUGUUUUCUUUUUCAGAUUAUAUAUUCCCGUUUACUACUUUUCAACAGAGAAGAAGAAACUCAGCAACGACUCUAUUACCUUCUUCUAUGCCCUUUUAUCGUGAGCAGUCAUUAGGUUAUAAUAAUAGUAGUAAGGAAGACAAUUAUUUGUUGCAUACAAUCAUGCAAGAAGAAGAAGAUAGUGAUGAAAUAUCAAGUUCACUUGGAUUAUUAUCAAGAUCAACAAAGCCUUCUUCUUCUAUUUGGAAUCCUACUGUAAAAGAAGACAAUGAUUGGUCAUUUCAAAGAUAUCAUGAAUAUAAUAAUAAUAGUAGACGUACUUCUAUGCUUAGUACUGUAGAUGAUGAAAUAAAUGAUAUCAAAGAAAGAAUGCGUCGAUUUUCACUUGCACCUCCUUUAACGAGCACAAGUAAUGAUGAUCCUUCUUCACUUUUUAAUAUUCAUAAUCAAAGACGUCAUUCCUUUACAGGACCUACUAUAUUCUAUAAUGAUACAGUAUCCGAAUUAGCAGUUAAAGAAAGAUUAUCUGAACCACCUAUAACAGAUAAUUUGGGUAAAGGGACGAGAUUAGACUCUGAUAUAUUUAAUCAAAAGACAACCUUAUUUUACGUCGUUGAAUUUAAAGGAGGAAGAUCUGAUUUAUUUUACUGCCAAAAGAAUUUAAAUAUACAUGUCAACGAUUUAGUCAUAGUAGAAGCAGAUAGAGGACAUGACCUUGGUAAAGUAACAAUGGAAGAUAUUACUAGACAACAACUUGAAGAGUUUUAUUCCAAAUUAAAAAAUAUAUCAACUGAAGAAAAGAAAUGGUUUACAGCCAACGAGAUUUAUAUCAAAUUCAUCUUUAGACUUGCAAGAUCGGAUGAAAUAUCUUUAUUGAUCACUAAAGGUCAAGAUGAGCAAAAAGCCUUAAUCAUUUGUCAAACUAAAAUCAAACAAAAAAGGUUAAAUAUGCAAGUAGUUGAUGCAGAAUAUCAAUGGGAUCGACGCAAGCUUACUUUUUAUUUUAUAGCAGAAAAGAGAGUUGAUUUUCGUGAAUUAGUACGUGAAUUAUUCAAGUUAUAUAAAACACGUAUUUGGAUGUAUAGUGCAACUUUUUUAAAAUCAAGUCAUUUUACUUCUUAAUGUAGACCGAUACUUAGUUAUAUGCCAUAUUAUGAAUAAUAUAUAUAAAUAUGUGUAUAUAACAUAUUAUAUACAUAUAUAUUUAUAUUACAAGAGUGUUUAUAAUCAUUCAAUUAAAAUAAAG